UUCUGUCCCAACUCUGCUUGUCUUUUGGCUUUUUCCCAUUGAAAAAGAGACGGAAGGAAAAAAGGGUGAUAUAAACUCGUAAACCCUAGCCUCUUGCGCGGUGGAAAAGAGCUGUUCGGAAAAGAAACGAGAGAGAAGAUUGUGCCCUGUUCCACACAGCAUGUGCCAGAAACCCAGCGGGGCUUCUUCUCCUCUCUCCAAAACGUCGGAAGGGGAUGAUAAGCCCAGUUUGAAUCCGCUGGCCGAGCCUUACACGCCACCUCACUUCGCUCCCCAGAAGCUCCAGCAUCAUCAGUUUCAAGCUCCACACCUGGUGUUCUCGAGCUGGGGGUGCCCUUCGCCUGUUUACUAUUAUCUGAACCCUCAACGCCACCUGACGUUUCGCCCUCGACCCAUCAAAUAUGGUGAGCAUGUCACCCCGAAAAGGCCCCACCCAGUCUUCGGUGGCGAUCUUGGGAAGAAGCUCGGAAAAAUGGAGGUUCCAAGAACACCCUUUGGCAAGGAGAGGAGGAGAGGCGGUGUGACGAGCCUCGUGCCUCCUCGGUCGAUGAGAGAGAGACAGAGGCAUAGAAAUCUGACCCGGUCGUCCUGCGGAGAGAGAAAAUGGGUUCAGAAACAACACGAUAGCAGUGACGAGAACAGACAUCGUUUCGAUGAAGCUGUUCUUGGUAAGGCUUGGGUUGUUGCGGAGAAUGCGACGAACGACGAUGUUGUUCGCGAUGAUCCGGAAGUUUUACUCAACGGAAGCACGACAGUCAUGAUACGGAACAUCCCUAAUCAGUUCAAGAGGAAAGAUUUGUUGUACAUUCUGGACAAGCAUUGCGAUGAAGCGAAUGCCAUGGCGGAUUCAAAGGAGGACCAAUCUGAGUACGACUUCGUCUACCUCCCAGUGGACUUCAAAACCAGGGCCAACAAGGGUUAUGCGUUCGUGAACUUCACGAACCCGACCGGGGCGUCAAGGAUGUACCAGGCUUACCACAACUUCAGGUGGGAGUGUCUCCCAAUCAAGAAAUUGAACUUCAGGAGCAAGAAAGUGUGCGAAAUCAGCCCCGCCAAGAUUCAGGGCAAGGUAGCGUUGGAGUGGAACUUCAAGAACAGGGCCUUCCCGUGUAGGGAGUAUCAGCCGGUGGUCGCCGAUGGCUGCCAGAAGAACGGUCUGCUCAUCGUCGUUGGGAAAUGUCCAGGUGCUGCGUCAGCACGAGAAGCUGGAGCCUAAGCUCCCAUGGUCAUAUCUGGGAACAAUUUGUUGGGUGUGAUGAGAUAUGAUAAUGCACACAUUCACACCUCAACAUCGAAAUGGCAGCAUCGUGCAUGUCUGACUAGGAGUCUCCCUCCCUCUCCCUCAUCUGUGUCUAGCAACACUUGGCAGUUGUAAAUGGUGUUGAUGAGGGGUCUAGGAUUUGUUUUCUCCGGUGUCUGUGGACCAAGUUGAUAGGUUUACAUGUUGGAUUUAGGUGGUAGCCUUUUGGGUUUACCAUAUAACUGAGUCGAGCGUUCUCCUUCCCGUGUUUUCAUUCUCUCCCUGGAGGAAAGAUAGACGAAGUCGAGGGUGAAUUGGAAACACAUGGACUUGAGAACUUUCAUUUGUAUGUUGCUGUUUUGUCUCUUUUUGGAAGAAACAAUGUAUCGUUUGCUCUAUUUGGGUUCAUGAGAGAUGUGAUUGUAA